AGUUGGUCACUGCGCUGAUAGGUACAAAAAUUAUAACCAGAUGUGUAGACUCCAGGAUUGUAUCUAACUCAAAGUCGAAGUCGUUUAGAGUUCAAAUCAAAUUGCAAGCAUUUUGUUUCUCUUCAGCCCUGGGUUUCACGAUGUUCAUUUACAUUUUCGGACUAUGUUUAUAGGAUAUUAGGACAAAACAUAUUUACAUUUUCGGACUAUGUUUAUAGGAUAUUAGGACAAAACAUAUUUACAUUUUCGGACUAUGUUUAUAGGAUAUUAGGACAAAACAUAUUUACAUUUUCGGACUAUGUUUAUAGGAUAUUAGGACAAAACAUAUUUACAUCUUCGGACUAUGUUUAUAGGAUAUUAGGACAAAACAUAUUUACAUCUUCGGACUAUGUUUAUAGGAUAUUAGGACAAAACAUAUUUACAUUUUCGGACUAUGUUUAUAGGAUAUUAGGACAAAACAUAUUUACAUCUUCGGACUAUGUUUAUAGGAUAUUAGGACAAAACAUAUUUACAUCUUCGGACCAUGUUUAUAGGAUAUUAGGACAUAAACUUGGUCUAGUUUUUGUUGGACUUUUGCGCGUGUUCUAUUUAAAACAAAACGACUAAAACUAUUUCAAUAGCUGAGUUUACGAAAACUUAAAUACCGUUUUGUUUCGUCUUCUGCUGUUCCAUUAUCACGUUGGAGAGUUCAGAUCAGCAUCGUCUGAGCAGAGUUGUAGUCCCUGGUGAGCAUGACUAGAUCCGCAUGACUAUAGAUUGACACAUGGAACGUAAUUAUCUUCUUUUUUUAAAGUAACGUCUGCACGUUAUAAGAUAAGAUAACCAGUACAAGAAAAGAUGAAUUGUGCCGCGGUUUCCAGGUCAGGCAGCUGCACAUAGCCCUUCUACAGUAUAGGCCUAUCUUCUACCGGGUGCUCCGGAGCCAGCAUCUUGCUAAGGCCUUCUGAAAACGUAUGCAGCUUUCAGUGACAGCAUUCUCUUGUGAGGAGACACUCUGCCUGGGCACAUUUGCUAACCUGCACAUUCUCCGGAGAAGAGACACUCCACAAGGGCACGUUGUUCAAUAUAAGAAUUUAACGUUUUGCGAACACGUUCAACCCCCCCAAUAAAAAAUGAACUUAAAAUUGCGGUCUCUGUUCAAAGCGUCUCCUCGGAAGAUUACUUAUGCUGUAAUUAUUUUCACCAGCCUUAUUAUUUACAAGGAAAUGUUCAUUAACACGAACAGCUUUGUGAGAAGUCCGUCUUUUUUGUUUUUAAACACAUCGACAGAUAAAUCUACGAGCCUCAGGGGUCAUCUUUUAUGGCAACCCAAGUCAAGGGUCAAUAGCUUUAUGAAGCUCGAACCCAACUCCAGUAGACCGUCAUGCUAUGUGGUCGAGUUUCUCUCAAGUUUAGAUCCGUCGUUUAGAAGUUUUCAUAUGGAUACUAUGUGCGACGACCUGGCCAACAAGACGGACGUCAUGUGCAGGAUUUAUAUGCGACAGCUAGGUCUCAACACCGAGCUGGAACGGGAGGCCUGUGGUUCGAAUCCCAAGGAUCUGGUGCCCAAAAUUGUUUACUUUGUGACGUUCGGGUCGUACACGUUUAACAUUUGGAACUAUAUCGCAGUGUUGGCGGCCCAACGACAUGUCCAGCCAACGGGUUUGUACGUCGUAGGAGACCAGCAUCCAGUAGGUCCGUGGUGGGAGCUCACCCUGAGAGAUGUCCCUGGAUUAAGGUUCGUCUACAGACAAGCGCCAACUGUGAUGUCAGGAAAGAAGAUCACUAUCAUCCAUCAGAAGUCAGAUAUAGUACGGCUCCAGUUACUGUACAUGAAUGGCGGGAUAUAUCUAGAUGUCGACCAGGUCGUCUUAAGAAGCUUGGAUAGUCUGUUAGUGUAUAACGUGUCUUUAGGAUUGCUGAAUGAAGCCACCGGAAUGGGAAAUGCAUUCAUAGCCGCCAAAAGAUGGGAUAGCUUCCUUCGUGACUGGUAUCUAGGAUAUAAGGACUUCCAAAACAACACAUGGGGAUAUAACUCGAUGAAGGUAUCAAAAGGUCUAUACUUGACAAACAAAAGCCGAGUCAACCUGAUCACAGAAUUGAUCUAUCGCCCACAGUUUUGGGAGUUGCCUCUUCUUUUGAACGAGAGUGUCGCCUUUGAUUGGCGCAAGAACUAUGCCAUGCAUGUCUGGACUGCACAUGGCAAACUGCCCAAAACAAUUCAGGAAAUACAGACAGGGAACUCGACAGUGCUUCAGGUGUUCCGUUACGUUAUUUAUGGGGACCCAAGGCCUCGAGCUGACAGCAUUGUUGUGCCGCAGAUGCUGCAGUGAAUGAGUUAAUGCAUUUAUGUGCUAUUUAACGACUUUGAAAUCGUGUUAAUGUAAUAUUGUAUAAAUGUGAUAUCAUUCAAAUGUGAUAUCGUAUAAAUGUGAUAUCGUAUAAAUGUGAUAUUGUAUAAAUGUGAUAUUGUAUAAAUGUGAUAUCGUAUAAAUGUGAUAUCGUAUAAAUGUGAUAUUGUAUAAAUGUGAUAUCGUAUAAAUGUGAUAUCGUAUAAAUGUGAUAUAAUAUAAAUGUGAUAUUGUAUAAAUGUGAUAUUGUAUAAAUGUGAUAUUGUAUAAAUAGAAGCAUGUGAGGGUCUAGUCGCUGCUGCAUGGCGCUCAAGUCACCCAAUCGGACUAGCAGGGCCAACAGGCGUUACCUAGCAAACGCCGUGGAACGUUUUGGAGCACUGUGGGACAUGUAGAGCACUCUGCUCAUCCACCGCAUCCCUGCAUAGUGCGAAUGUGGAAUGAUGCGAAUGCAUGUUGAAAGAGAGAAGGAAGAAUCUAAAGAUGGAGUAAUGUAAACGAAGAAGUAUUUGACCUAAUAUUGUUUUACUCCAGAUUAAAGUCUUCAUGAGCUACUAUAGAUGAGUUUGUUGGUGAAUAAUUAAGAGUCUCAUUUGCUCUUAACAACUCCAUACCUGCUCCAGUUGCCUCUGGACUCUGCCACUGGAUUUGGCACUUCAAUAAAUGUUCAUUGCAAAAGCCACAUUCCACGUUGUAUAAUUAUGAUUUUGUAAACAUGCGAUAUUGUAUUAAUGUAAUAUUGCAACAAUGUGUUGUAAUAUUCACGUGGUAUCGCAUACAAUACUUGUUAUAUCGAUUUAAUGUGUUAUCAAUAUGAUGUUGCGAACCUGUUUCAUUUUUUUUUUAACAGAAAAGGGUUAGAGUUAGCCUUAUUUCAGAUUCUCUAUCUAGACUUUAUCGAGAAAUGAAAUUGUAGUCUUUCUUUUAAUAUUUUAGAACAGAAAUUGCAGUUUUUAUGUAUGUCUUUGGUAAAAACGUAUAUAAUUUCACGGUUCCUUAAAUGCUACAAAACGAGUUUUUGUGGUAAACAAACUAAGAAAGGGCCUCGGUAGUGUCCCACCCAGGCAGUUACAAAGGCAGGUUUAAAUAUUCUCAUCACGGAUAUGAGCUACAAACUAUACAGAAUAGAUUCUGAGUAGCCAAUGUUUAUUAAAUUUAUUAAAUAGUAGAAAUUUAACAAGUAGUGCUCCCACUGAAGUACAGCUGUAAAGAUGGGCUUGUAUUGAAAUAAAAUAGAAAAGUUAAUCAGGAGUUGAUGGCCGACCAUGUACGCUUUAUUUUAGGCUUGCAAUCAUUUGCUAUAUAGAGGGAGUGAAAUAUUCUUGUUGGCCUAUUAGUCGUGACGAUUUGUUUUCAUGUGCACAUAAUUAGGCCUAUAGUAAUUAUAUUUAGUUAAGGCCUAGAAUAGGAUAAAUGUUUUUUUGUUUGUUUUUUUUUCAUUGGAGACGAAAUCCGUGCCAGUUGUCUUUCGAUGUGAUAAGUUUUAAAAUAACUUUGAACAAGAGUGAAGAGUGCAGUCAUCUUAUUGAGAGUUUUGACGUCUUGUUGAUUGCGGUCGGAGUUAGCGCUCGAUAGCAGGUUAAACAAGUGCACCAGGCAGAGGCGGACUGGCUAUAUGGGCAUUCGGGCGAAUGCCCGGUGGGCCGGUGCCCGAAUGUGCCGGUAGGACGACCUAAGGGGUCUCAUGAGAGCAACUAUGGCACGUAUUUAAUUGUUAAAGGUUUUAUGAUAUUCUCUUAUAAAAGUGGCCCUCAGAGCGUCAUGAUUACAAAAAAGCGUUUACAUUGUAGGUCCUAAAAUACUAAUUUAACACAUUUUCCGAAAUAGUGUCAUAGCUUACAUCCGUAGACAGUGCUACUGUAGACUUCAUCCUUUUAGUGCCUACACACUUAGCGAUUUCGUAUGAAGCUAUAGAUCUAGAGCUUGCGUACAGUUAUUGAUACAUUAUUAAACUUAACAUAAUGAUUUUGAGGAAAGGUAGGCCUAUAAUUGGAGGCCCGACGUGUGAUAUACAAUAUAUGGGCCGGUGUGUAUAGAAAUGCCUGGGCCGAUUUUGACACCCAGUCCGCCCCUGGCACCAGGUUACGAUAAUAGCGGACAUAACAAUGUACUUCACCGUCGUCUAUAAGCUGACACACUGAAAGGGACUUACCUUUAUUUAGAUCAGUAAGAUCUAGACCUAGUAAAUAUUUAAAUCUUAAAUAAUAAAAUCUUCGCGCGUUAGCGCGAAAAAGCGACACUAGAUCUAUCUCGUGGUAGAUCUAAUAGGAAUAGUCCAUUUCCAUGCAUAUACGCACUGAUCUACAUAUAUGAUUAGCAAAAACUACUUGUUUUUAUUAAUUUUUUUUUCUGCUUUAGAGGGGGAAAUGCGUAUUUUCAGAUGAUAAACCGUACUCGCGUAUUUUCAAGUUCAUUUGCGUACAAAAUACGCAAGAUGCGUACUUGUAGGCAACUCUGAAUGGCCAUAUAAAUACGAAUCCAUUCACUCUUUAAGUCAUCACUUUGAAGGGAUCUUUGACUGUUUGGCGAUCUUAAAAUGACGGCUGCGUAAAACCAGUCAAACUGCACACGUGUAAUAAGUGCCUGCUCCUUACGUUUUUCGGAUUUGUCUUUUCAUUGUCGUCAAUUAUUUAUCUGUUCUUUAACUCUUUGUCUCCUAACUGACAAUACCAACGUUGAUUCCACCAGAAUGUGGUAAAUAUUUACGGCGAGAAAGAGUUAACCAGUUUCUUUGUUGUUGCAGUCUGUCCAACGAAACAUUAAAGGCCGCUGAACAGCACAUCAGCAAACUGCUGGCAGACAAACUUGUUACUGAGCUGGUGAUGCCUAGAAUUUGCAGUCGACAGACACACCCAGCAAAACCACAUGUUCGGAUUUUGGGAGUUAUUUCAAAACACGGCUUUACAUUCCGUAUCUUGAUUCGUUGGUUUCUUUAUUGAAGUCUCACUUUUCUAGCAAUAAUAAUGCUAAUGCCUG